UGCCCGGAGGACGAAGAUGGCGCCGUGAGCGGGUCGGAGCCGCCGCCGCCCCCCCCGCUCCAGGGCCAGCAUGGCUGCGACUGCCGCCGUCAGCCCCAGCGAGUACCUGCAGCCGGCUGCCUCCGGCACACAGGACUCCCAGCCCUCUCCCCUGGCCCUCCUGGCAGCCACAUGUAGCAAGAUCGGCCCCCCCGCCGUGGAAGCCGCCGUGACCCCCCCGGCUCCCCCCCAGCCCACGCCCCGAAAGCUGGUGCCCAUCAAACCCGCCCCGCUGCCCCUGGGCACCGCCAAGAGCAGCAUCGGCAUCCUCUCCUCCAAGGGGAACCUCUUCCAGAUCCAGGGCUCCCAGGUGGGCACCUCCUACCCGGGGGGGCAGCUGGUUUUUGCCAUCCAGAACCCGGCCGUGCUCAACAAGGGCUCCCGCUCUUCGUCCUCCUCCUCCUCUUCUUCUUCCUCCUCCUCCUCCUCCAACAUCCAGUACCAGGCGGUGCCCGGCGGGGCGCAGACCAUCCAGGUGCAGCCCAACCUCGCCAACCAGAUCCAGAUCAUCCCAGGCACUAACCAGGCCAUCCUCACCCCUUCCUCCUCCUCCUCCUCUUCCUCCUCCUCCUCUUCCUCUUCCUCCUCCUCCUCCUCUCACAAGCCCGUGCCCAUCAAACCUGCCCCGGCUCAGAAGGCGGGCGCGUCGCCGGGCGCGGGCGGCGUGGUCAAGUUACCCGGCGGCGGCAACGUGACUCUGACCUUGGCUGGCAACAGCCUGGUGGGCCCCGAGCAGGGUGCCCAGGCGGCCCAGCUGCUCACGGACAGCCCUUCCAAAGCGGGCAAAAAGCCCCGGAAAAAGGUGGCGUCUCCCGCCCAAGCCGCCGCCGCCGCCGCCGUGGCCGUGGCCGAGCAGGUGGAGACGGUGCUGAUCGAGACGACGGCGGAGAACAUCAUCCAGGCGGGCAACAACCUGCUGAUCGUGCAGAGCCCCGGCGCGGGGCAGCCGGCCGUGGUGCAGCAGGUGCAGGUGGUGCAGCCCAAGCAGGAGUCGCAGGUGGUGCAGAUCCCGCAGCAGGCCCUGCGCGUGGUGCAGGCGGCCUCGGCCACGCUGCCCACCGUGCCCCAGAAGGCCUCCCAGAACUUCCAGAUCCAGGCGGCGGAGCCCACUCCUACCCAGGUCUACUUCAAAACCCCCUCUGGGGAGCUGCAGACCGUGGUGCUCCAGGAGGCCUCAGCCAUGGCCGUGGCUCCGUCGGGAUCAUCCUGCAGCAGCCCCGUGUCCCGCAGCCCCGGCCCGGGGGGCUCCAGGAAACCCCAACCCCGCAAGGAGCGUCCGCUGCCCAAAAUCGCCCCGGCCGGGGGCAUCCUGAGCCUCAACGCUGCCCAGCUGGCAGCAGCUGCCCAGGCCAUGCAGACCAUCAACAUCAACGGGGUGCAGGUCCAGGGCGUGCCCGUCACCAUCACCAACGCCGGAGGCCAGCAGCAGCUGACGGUGCAGAACGUGUCCGGCAACAACCUGACCAUCAGCGGGCUGAGCCCCACCCAGAUCCAGCUCCAGAUGGAGCAGGCGCUGUCUGGAGAGAUCCAGCCCGGAGAGAAGAGGAGGAGGAUGGCCUGUACCUGCCCCAACUGCAAGGAUGGGGAGAAGAGGUGAGUGGGAAGCAG